UAGAUCAUCAUAGCACAACCAAGUUUGAGUUGUGAACAUUCUUGAGAAAUAUGUGAGUUUUUUUGAGAGUUUUUACUUAGAGCUUGUAUGUCUCUUAUUUCUAUUUUUUAAAGUAAUAGAAGUGUUUUUCUCUCAUAUUAGCAUGAUCAUGUUAUUCCCAAUAAAUGGUAUCAGAGCCUGGUUGAGCUGUUGGUAUUUCCCCCCAGAAUUUUCAGAUAUAAUUCUACUGUCCGAAAAUUUGUGUUUUUCAGUUUUGCUCGGAAUUGCAAUCUGAACACAUCGUUGGAUUCGUCUCGUCGCGAGGAGAAAACUGGUAUUUUGGGGGAUUUUUUGGGCCACCGGAACCUACCGUACGCGCCGCUCAAUCGCCGGCUGGAAGUGUCUGCGUCAUCACGUGCGUCAUCACGCACAGUACGCAUGCCAGAGUUUGAAGACGGCUGGCGUCAUCGUUGACGUCAUCAUCCAGUCAGAGCUGUGUCAGUGACACAUCAGCGCCACGAGUGUAGUUCCUGUCACGUCAUUCGCCACGUCAUUAGUCCAGUGUCAUCUUCCGUCAGUGCCCAGUCAGCUGCCAAGUCAGAUCCAGUCAGCACCACAUCACUGCCACAUCACCUGCCACAUCACCGAUUCAAAUCAGUCAACUAGCGAGGGAAGAGCAAUUCACAAACGAAGAACAAGGGUGGUGAAGCGCUCAUCACAAUCUCAGGUGAUGUAGCGUACUAUACUACCAAUGAUGAAACAUGUCUGCACGUCUCAAGAGAGGACACUGAAUGGGUGGUAGAUACUGCAACAUCUUACCACGUCACUCCCCACAUGUACUACUUCACAACUUACAAAGUUGGAGACUAUGGAGCGGCGAAGAUGGAUAAUUCGAGUUCAUCUGUAAUAGCUGGAAUUGGUGAUGUACAAAUAAAGACAAGUAAUGGGAGCACAAUCACUUUGAAGGAUGUCAUACAUGUUCCAGACCUUCGGCUCGAUCUCCUGUCAAUGGUAUGUCUUGACGAACAGGGGUAUGAAAACCACUUUAGCAGGGGCACAUGGAAAAUGUCAAAGGGCGUUUUGACAAUCACUCAAGGACAUGUUUGUGGCACAUUGUACAAAACCCAUUUGAGGAUUUGUACGGAUAGCCUAAACAUUGCAGAGGAGACUUCUCAGAAUCUGUGGCACCUGAGGCUCGACCACAUCGGUUCAUCUACAACGGGGAUGUGGUCUAUGAUCAAGGACAUUGAUCACACCAAGUCUACCUGGGCUCUGAAGGUUAGGGUUGUAAGGGCUUAUGAGGUGCCUCCUCACUCAAAAGGAGGGGAGACCCUCGAGAUGGUUUUGCAUGACGCCGAGGGAGAUCGGAUUCAUGCAAUAAUCAAGAGACCACAGAUUGCCAUGUACAAGACUAUAAUAACUGAGCACAAGAUCUAUGCUAUAAGGAACUUCUUAGUUCUAGACAAUUACCAAACAGUGAAGACCACAAAUCAUCCCUACCUGAUUCAGUUCAUCUCUAAAACCCAAUUCAGGGAGGAUACGAAGACAGAAUUGCCUAUGAUGGUCUACGAUUUCCAUCCUUUCGAUAUGCUGCACGCCCAAAGGGUUAUCAACGACAAAACUCUCAUUGAUAUCAUUGGGAAGGUUAUCAAUAAAAGCAUUGUUCAAACCCAUAUCAUCAAUGGGAAGACAGAAAGGCUAAUGGAGCUAACUGUGGCAGACCCAGAGGGAAACAGACUAGACUGUGUUCUAUGGAACAAAUAUAUAAACCAGUAUCAGGAUUAUGUUAAUGAGAACCCUGGAAUUGCUGUUUUUGUGAUAUUUCAACUGUGUAGACCCAAAAGAUAUCAAGGCACCCUAAGUGUGGCUUCAUCUUUUGAUGUGUCCAAACUCAUCAUUAAUGGAAACACAACCGAAUUCUUAGAGUUCCAGAGCGAAUUUCCGGCGGAUGGUGAUGACUCCAUAUCUCAAACAUGCAACACAAACUGCUCACAAGGUGAAGGGAGUAGGGAUGUGCUUAGUGGUCAUGAUGUCAUAACCACUAUGGAGGAUUUGAUGAAUGCAAAUGAGGAGGAGAUUUACUGGGUGCUUGGUGAGAUAGUUUCUAUCAAAAAUACUCGGGAGUGGUGCUACCUAAGAUGCCCAACAUGUCACAAAAAAUUGGUACCGGAGGAGAGGUUCAGGUGUUCUACUUGCAGCGUGACACUAGGAGAAGGAGUCUACCGUUACAAGGUCAGUGUGUGCAUCAUGGACAACACUGGGCACGGAAAUUUUAUUCUAUGGGAUAGGGAAUGUAUUGAGAUUCUGGGGAAAACUUCUGCAUCCCUAAUGGCUGAAGUCCAAAAGAAAACAUGUGAUCCAACCCGUUUUCCAGAAGAUAUUGAAAGCUUGAUUGACAAAAACGGAAUAUUCAAAAUACAGCUAAAGAAGAGAGGUGAAGAGAAUGCCUAUAAAUGUAGUGUUUCCCUUGGAGUUGUUAGUAUGAUUCGAGAUCCUAAUGUGCUGGCAAUGUAUGAAGGAAAUCAUGAGCAAUUGGUAUCAAAUGAAAGCCAUGAGUGUACUCCAGAGAAGAUUGGUUCAUGUUCAAACUUGGAAGGAAAUGACAACUCGAUAAGAGAGAAGUCUUCUGUUACUAAGGGCAAGGGAAAACGGAUUUCAGCUGAGAAGGAGGUUACUGCCCCCAUUGAGCUCUCAGAUUCGCCUGUUGCUUCUACACAAAGAGAGGUGAUUGUUGAAUUGGAUGACAAGAUAAAAAGGAAUCUCAAUGAUGAGUUUUCAGGCAAUGGGAAUGGAAAGAAGCUGAAGAUUAAAAUCAAACAGGAAAAAUUGUAAUUGGGUUUGCAAAGAAGUGAAGAUAACGUUUCGAUGUUUUUGUGGAAACAUCUAAUGCGGUGUUGGUUUUUUUUGGAAAACUGUAUCAAGGGGCCGUAUGUAUUUUGGAAGUGAAACACUAUGUGUGACAGACUUCAAAUAACCUAUAUUAUGUCUAUAGUGUGGUGUGCUAAUUUGAUGAUGCUAUGUUGUGGACGUAUUAUACCUUGGUCCUC